GGUGGUGGAACCAAGAUUAUCGAUUUAUAGCACAUUUCCCCGAAAAAUGGGGUUUUCUGCUGCAACUUCUUCUUUAGGUCUUCAUAAUUCGCAAUGGAACUUCAACUCGCAGUGCCACCGUCAAAGGGUUUUCAAGAUUCUUGCUUUCAACUCCAAAUCCACACACCAGAGUCCGAUUACACCUCAAAUUUCAAACCCCAUUAAAACACUUAGGGCUUCAUCUUCCAAGAUCGAAUCUAUCCAACUCGACGAAAGAACUAGCUCCAAUGAGGUGAAGAAAGAGAUAGAAAUGUGCUACGAGCUAAUACGUAGACUCGGAAGGGGAGUUGUGUACUUGGGUUCUUCAAGGAUGGGUCCGGGACACGAUCAUUACAUCCAAACACAAGAAUUAGCGAGAGAGGUGGCACACCUCUUGGAGUGUACUUCAUGGUCAGGGGCUGGACCAGGGCUCAUGGAUGCUGCCACUCAAGGUGCUCUUGAAGCAGGAAAACCAGUUGGUGGGUUCAAGAUCGGCAAAGAAGCUGGCGAAUGGGCAGCAACCAAUUUUCAUCCAUAUCUUCCUUCCGAAACUUAUCUUACAUGCAGGUUUUUUUCUGCAAGAAAGCAUGGAUUAGUGGAUGCCGCAGUUAGAAGUAGUAAUCGGGAGAAGACGGCUGUGAUAGCACUGCCAGGAGGGAUCGGGACACUAGACGAAGCUUUUGAGAUUCUUGCGUUGAUCCAGUUAGAGAGAAUAGGUUCAGCGCUCCCGGUUCCGUUUAUUCUAAUGAACUACAAUUCUUUCUAUUCAAAGCUUUUAGAGUUUCUGGAUGUAUGUGAAGAUUGGGGGACUGUCUCCAAGGGAGAGAUUUCAUCACUUUGGAAAGUAUGUAACAGUAACUCUGAAGCACUGGGGUAUCUUGCAGAUUUUUAUGAUCUUGCUCCUGCUAAACGAAAGUGAGGGGCUGUUUGUUUGGUUUUUCAUCAAGUCUUAUAUGCAUAAAGUUGUCUACGUGGAUU